AACCGAACCAAACGCUGCUCGUCCUCAGUUAUCUUUUUCAGCUCGGUCAAGCUUUUCACAGCGGCCAAAACUUCCAUUAUUAUCACUUAAUUUUCUCUUCCAAAACGCAUCCAAUUUUAAUCUGUAAAGUGUAUCCAAUACCGUGGUAUGUUUAUACUAGACAGUGCUUUCGCGCCAAUUUAGGUACCUAUACUAUCCAACUGAAUAAUACAAAUAUAUCGUACGUUUUACACAAAUGUAUUGAAUUGGCGCGAAAGCACUGUCUAGUAUAAACAUACCACGGUAUUGGAUACACUUUACAGAUUAAAAUUGGAUGCGUUUUGGAAGAGAAAAUUAAGUGAUAAUAAUGGAAGUUUUGGCCGCUGUGAAAAGCUUGACCGAGCUGAAAAAGAUAACUGAGGACGAGCAGCGUUUGGUUCGGUUGCUGCAGGAAGCGGAAAUUUUACCAUCCGUUCAAUUGUGCAACAAGUGCAAUCGCCGGAUGAAACUGAAAACAACUAGGAAGGCAAAUUCGUGCAAGUGGAUUUGCAAGCCUACAUCGAGCUGCACGGGGUGGGAGUGUACUGUCCGUACGGACAGCAUUUUCAAAAAUUCCCGUUUAUCUCUAUCUAAGUUGAUAGAGAUAACGUAUGAAUGGUCGCGGGAUACGAAGCGAUCCAGCGCUGCAGCCGAGUGUGGGGCAGGCAAGAGUGCCAUUGCGAAGUGGUUUUCAAUUCUGCGGGAAGUAACCGCAGAACAUUUUGAAUGCAGCCAGGGGCAAAUUGGCGGGGAUGGAUUAACCGUCGAAAUUGACGAAUCCGUCCUCACCAAAAGGAAAUACAAUCGCGGUCGCGUCUCAGCCAACAACCAAGUCUGGGUGGUUGGCGGCAUCUGUCGCGAAACGCGAGAAAUUUUUUUGGAGCUGGUUGAGCAACGUGAUGCUGCAACAUUACACCGGAUCAUCAACCAGCAUGUGGCUCCCGGUACAACGAUCGUGACCGAUGGUUGGCGUGCAUAUAAUGGUAUUGAUCAGCACGGUUUUAUUCACGAAACCAUAAACCACUCGCAAAAUUUUGUGGACCCAAGCGAUCCUUUUGUGCACACACAAAAUAUCGAAAAUUUGUGGCGCUGGGUUAAGCCCUUUAUUCGAUCCAAAGGCACAAAGCGAGGAGUGCUGAUUAAGUACAUACGCGAGUAUGAAAUGAAACGGCAGAACCAGAACAGCUUCCUGAGUGUGUUGCAGGCCAUCAAAGCUGUUCAAGAUUUUGCGUAAUAUGCACGCCAUCAAGAUCGGUCUGGAUCAAGCGUAAGUUUUCCGAAUUUUUUCAUUUUUACUUCCAAAUACAUUUUUAAUUCAAUAAUUUCUUUCAAGCUGGCUGGCUAAUGCUAAGAAGAGGAUGUAUUAAUUAUUUUUAAAUUUUAAAUGUAAAACGUUCUCUAUCUUGGAACUCCGUAUCCUACCUCCACGUGGUGCUGGCUGGAAUAUGAUGUCUGCUAUAGACCAUCAUAUACUAACAGGAUCGGGGGCAUUACUUUUUUUUUAUUUCUUUCCUUUUAUUUUAUAUCCAUUGUACAGGGUACUGCACACGAAGGCAUUAGCUGCAUGUGUGUAUAUUUUUUAAUUCACCGGACCGUAUGAGGCCCAAUCAAACCUAUUUUAUUAACAAAAUGAAGAAUCCUUACAGUAAUCAAGUAGCAGGCCGAACAUCGCAAAUAUAAUUUGGUCUGGUUCGAAACGUUCACGAAGGAUUAACGGAUAACGGAUUAAGGAAAAGGGGAUUAGCGAACCCAAAGCUGUAACAAUAUGACGAUGUAAUACGGUACGAUCCAGCCUCCAAAGCCAACCACACCACGGAUGAUCGCACAAUCAAUGAUCGACAAACAUUCCAGGUCAGUAUUGUUACAAGAUGUUUUAUUAGUUUACAGUUAGCACGAAUCUCAUUCUGAUUUGUUUGAAAUAUUUAUAAGUAGCCCUAGGGCUCGAAACAAACCACAAGCGAUCUACAACUUAGCUAUUAUGAUUAAUUAAGUUUAUCUUUCCUCUUUUAGGUAGCGACUCAUAAGGGGACCUCUCUCAGGAGAUAGCGGAAACAAACAGCGGAAAAGUUCACUCAUCAAAUCACAUACAUAUAAGUACAUAUAAUUCGCACAUACAUAUAGCAGGUACAUAUAAGAGUACAUAUAAUUAGCACGUCCCGGUACGGGUGAAAAAGCGAUAUCGGUUUGGAAAAUCAUUUCCAUCUCAGGGUUACUCGAUGACUCGAAAAUAUCGACUGAAAUUGUAUUGUAAGAGUUCAUACGAGCA